GAGCAGGGUGUAGAGUAAGCACUCUUCUUCGAGUUGCUAUGACAAAGGAAACAUGACGCCGGCACUUUUGUCUGAUUGACCAAACGUGGAAAUGUCUCGAAGGUUGUGACUAACCGCAAGGACUUGUUUGCUCAUCAGGAUACCUAGAAGACAUAGUGACAAAGGGGAGAAACAUGAAGAAGAGUUCUGCUGAUCCUUUCUUAGACAGCAGUGAUCCCCGUUUAAAACUCACAGUGAAAAACAAAGUGAGAAACAUUUUUGUGACGCAGGAGGACGACACCAGGGACAACAAGGAAGAAAAUGUAAAUUACAUACCAGUUGUAACAGAGUCGUCGGGCAGAAUCCUUCAGGCAGGAGUGAACACUUCGAGGAAGACACUGCUGCUGAAGAAACUGGCCGAGGCGCACGAAGAGCAGAAACGAUUGGAGCUGGAACACGAAGAGCUUAAGAGUCCGAUGGAGGUUAUAACUCAGCAACGCUCCGAGCUGGAGAUAGAACAACAGCAGGUGAAAGAGAGGGCAACCAGAUACAAAGAGAAGCAACGCAUCAUGCUGAGGAAUUGUCAGAUCGCCCAAGAGGAGAAUACCCUGAAGCGGAAGGAGAUCGAACAACUGUCAGAACAGCUCAAGCAACUUCAGACCACACAGCAAGUCUUAAAGAAGACGGUGGCAAAAUACCAGAAUGUUGAAGACAUCUUGACAAAAACACUUGAUUAUCUCCCUAAACGUUACCUGGAAUAUGGGUCAGAUACCUCAGAGCCUUCAUUUAUGCCCAUCAUACAACGCCAUCAGACUCAGUACAUCAUCCACCAGGAGGCACUGCAGCAUUUCAGGCAAUUAGAAGAGGAGAUGGUGCACGGCCAUCAACAACUGCAGCGCUUGAAGAAUGAGCACACUGUAAAGAAAUUAUUGGCCGAGAAGGAGCUGACUGAAGCCCAGAGGAAGUAUGAAAAACUCAAAGUUGCAAACAUGCAGAAAGAAUUUAGCUUCCAAAAAGUGCAGGAAGCAUUUACAGAGAAGGUUAAAGAGGUGUCCAGCUUGCUCUUGGCCAUCGGAGACCUUGCAGAACGUUGCUAUCUACCAGCAUAUGGGCCUCUGGAAAACAUGAGUGAACUGAUGAUGUUGGAUAUGAUUAAGGAGUUCAUUCUGGACAAGGCUGAUUUAGAGAAGCGAGUGAGGAGACACAUGGAGACUGAAAAGACAAAAAUGGGACAAAAAUGAUUAAAAAGCAGCAAAAGCGAAGCAAAAAUCCAAAGUUCAAGUAAAGUUAGUGGGAACAGUGGGUUGAUGUAGCCCGUGUUUGACAAUAUGGCAUAAAAUCGCAAUCUUUCAUAUGUUGGAUAAAGCCUAUACAGACUUUCUCUUUGGAAAAGUAGUAUUUCAGCAAUAUGAACAAUAAUUUAUAUAUGCUUGUUUAGCAGCAUCAUUUGUGCCACAGAAUGUUCUGUCAGUCUUGGGUUGGGCUUUUUGUUUUACCUUGUUAGUAGUGUACGACCAAAGUGGAUGGACACUCCACUGAAUCUGGUCUGCUUAAGGUUUCUUCCUGUAAAAUAAAAUACAUGCUGUUUUUUUUUUAAAUUACCAUUGUUGCCAGUUUGCUUGCUCUUUCAACUCAUAGCUUUUAUUAAUAGGUUUGGUAUUCUGUCAGUACACAAUAUUGUAAUAUCCAGUAUGUGAUUCCAAAUCAUUUUUUGGCAGCUGACUGUGAAAGUUUUGUGUAUAUAUAUGUGUGUGAAUGAGUUUUCCUUCACAGAUUGUACUAUUUGUAGUAUAUAUUAAAUUUUAAAGAGCUAUUCAGAAUGUUCAUGGAAUCCACACUGUAAAAUGUAAUUAAACAUAUGUACAUAUGACUGUAAACAUUGCAAAUCUGCAUGUGUCACCAUGCGCCUUGGGGCAACUGUUUGUUGUGAUUUGGCGCUAUAUAAAAAAUUGAUUGAUUGAUUGAUUGAUUGAUCAGUCAUAACCAUACAAAUAUUUCCUACGUUGCACAUCUCACUGUGUUGCAACCUGCCUUCCAAACAUUUAUGGUUUGCUUGCAUAUUCU